AAGUACUUACAGCGCGAAUGCACUCGCCCCCAAGACGUCCUCUCGACGGCUAGAUGGCCUGACGGUCCUCCUCGUAGGGGCAUCAAGUGGUAUUGGUUUGGAAGCCACCAAGCAAAUUGCAACUAAGGGCGUUUCAACACUGGUUGUGGCCGCCCGAGAUGAUCUGAAGGCCCAGAAGACCAAAGAAGCUAACCAGCAUCACCUGGUAUCUCUUCCACAACAGCCGACUGUCGCCCAAACAUCAUCCCUCUGGUCGUCGAGAUGACAUCCCCGAAGUCAAUCUACGAAUUCAUUGCCAAGCUAGAGAAGGCCGUUGAUCACCUCGACCACGCUAUUCUGAGCGCAGGCAUACUGCUCGGUAGUUAUGAGACCGCGUCCACCGGAUUCGAGAUCAGUGCAAGUCAACGCGAUCUUACCAGCGCUUACUUCACUUCUGUUACUGCCAAUCUUACUUGCCUCUCCGCUUGUCAGCAAACCGUCAGUACCGGAGCGACCUCACCUCACCAUCGUCAGCUCAGGAGCAGCGUGGCUCACUAGACGAUCCGAUAUCAAACCCUUCUUCGCCUCAACGAAGCCACUGACGGAGACUUCAAAGCGAGAAAACUUUCCGCGGGGAAUGAUGGGUGGACAGUAUCACUACUCCCAGUCGAAGCUCAUGACCGAAUACGCAAGACGCCAUCUAGCAAGGAUCUCCUCCAUCACUGAUGGCGAUGGAAAGCCCAUUAUCCUGGUGAUUUUCGUGUGCCUGGGUGCAGUCAACAGCAGCUUGUCGCGGCACUCAGCGGGGAGUGGAUUCUUGGGUGUUAUGGCAAAAAUGGUCAACAGCACCGUUGCGCGCACCGUAGAACAGGGCGCGAAUAUUUACAUGACGAGUUUGGAACUCGGACAAGAAGCGCGGGGAAAGAUGUGGACAUAAGAUUAUCUCUCUCAAGAUCAUAUGGAAUACGCCCUCGGCAUAGAUGAAGCGAGGUUCGGCGAAAAUGUCCGUAAGGAAACAAAGGAGUUUGCGCUGCGUAUGGACAAGGAUCAUGGCAGUGGUGUUGUCGGCCGAACCUUGGGUGAAUCUUCGUGAUGAGAAUGGCCUCCUAGCGUAGCAAUAUUAGCAACCCGCAUUCCAAAGCGAUUGAAAUUGUUUUAGACGCUCGAACUUCUGCGUAUUAAUGUACUGCAUAAUCCAGU